CAUUUCUUCAAUAAUGCACUUUCCUCUGAAAAAGAGAAACUUCUUCAGCAUUGCAGGAAAUUUCUUCAUCAUCAUUAGACCUUCGCUAGUUCACAGUUAAAAGGGUUAAUAGGGAAGGAUCUUGAUAUUUUUCUUGAGCACAAAUGGCUGCAAAUUUAACUGAAGGGGCUGCUCUUGGAUCAGUAUGUAAUCUAUUGGUGGCGGCAGUUCUUGAAGUAACUCAAAAGGUAGCCACUUUCAAAUUUAGCCUAGACAGGCUGAAAACAACUCUUAAUUCGAUAAAACCCAUAUUUGAUGACAUAGAGAGGUUGAACGAGAUAUUGAAUCGUCCAGAGGAAGAAACAGAGUCUUUUCUUACUCAAUUAAGAAAAGCAGAAAAGCUAGUUCGCAAGUGUUUGGAGAUCAAAAGUUGGAAUUUUUACAAGAAGUAUACUUACUCGAGGAAACUGAAUGCGUUGGAUCAAUCCCUUUUGAGGUUCUUUAAGUUGGAUGCACAACUCCACAUGGUCAGAGAUAGCAGAAGGAUAAUGGUGGGGAUGCGAGGCAUGGAUGAUAAGGUGGAUGAAAUUCUUUCAUUUCUUAGUCAUAGAUUUCCAGGCUGGUGCGAUGUUCCGGGAUUUCCAGAAUUUGUGGUUGGAUUGGAUGCGCCACUUGAAGAACUGAAGUUGAUGCUGCUCAAAGAUGGCGUCUCUGUGUUGGUGCUUUCAGCUCCUGGGGGUUGUGGCAAGACAACAUUGGCAAAGAUGCUCUGUCACGAUCCACAAAUCAGAGAUAGAUUCAGGGACAACAUCUUCUUUGUCAAUGUUGCAAGAACACCUAACCUGAUGCUCAUUGUUCAGAAAAUUUUUCGAAGUAAGAAUAAGCAUCAGGUGCCUGAAUUCCAAAGUGAUGAAGAUGCAAUUAAUCAGUUUGAGUCACUGCUAAAGCGGCUGAAACCUCAUCCUUCACUUCUGGUCCUCGAUGAUGUGUGGCGUGGCUCAGAAUUCCUGAUCGAGAGAUUUAGAAUUUCACAACCAGGAUUCAAAGUUUUAGUAACAUCUAGAUCUGUAUUCCGGAGUUUUGAGACAACAUUUAGACUGAAACUCUUGAAUGAUGAGAAUGCAAAGACUCUCUUCUGCCAUUCAGCCUUCAAAGAUGGGAUCCCUGAUGUCCAAAAUGACCUUGUUGACAAGGUGGUGAAAGGUUGUGGUGGAUUUCCUUUGGCCCUUAAAGUUAUUGGCCAAUCACUUCGUGGGGAGCCUGAAGCGAAGUGGAUACACAGAACUCAAAAGUGGUCUGAAGGAGUAUCCGUUUUCAAUCCCCACUGUGAUGUACUUAAUUGUCUCAAGUCCAGCUUAGACGCUCUCACUGAAAUACCAGAGCUGCCCGACCUCAAGGAAUGUUACCUGGACUUGGGGUCGUUCCCUGAGGAUCAGAGAAUACCUGCUACGGCACUUUUGGAUGUCUGGGUUGAACUGUACAACCUAGAUGAAGAGGAUGUACAUACCCUAGUCCACCUCCUUGAACUUUCCGACAGAAAUCUGAUUAAUCUUGUACUUCAAAGCGAAGAUGGGCAUUUUGCGAUGCAGCAUGAUCUACUCAGAGAUUUGGUUGUCUAUCAAAACGCUCUGGAUCCCAUAGAACAGAGAACAAGAAUGAUCGUGGAGAUAAACGAGAACAGCUUUCCUGAUUGGUGGACUAAAGGAGACCAGCCAUCUUUGCAUCCGCGUCUUUUGUCCAUCACUACAGAUGAAUUAUUUGCUUCAAAAUGGCAUGAUCUGCGUCAACCGGAAGCUGAAGUGUUGGUUUUGAAUUUUCAAACGAGGAUCUACGCCUUGCCCCAUUUCAUGGAGAGAAUGAGCAACCUCAAAGUGCUAAUUGUUACAAACUAUGGAUUCCAUCAGGCUGAACUGAAAGAUUUUGAUCUGAUUGGUCACGUGCUUAAUCUGAAGAGAAUCAGGUUGGAACGCGUUUCCAUUCCUUGCAUCGGUAUUCCCAUGUUGCAGUUAAAGAAUCUGAGGAAGAUAUCAUUAGUUAUGUGCGAUAUUGAGAAGGCAUUCGAGAACUGUAGCUUUAGGGCUCCCAGUAUCUGGCCAAAUUUAGUGGAGAUGAACAUCGACUACUGCAGUGACUUGAUUGCAUUUCCAGUUGGGUUAUGCAAUCUUGCCAGUCUUGAGAAGCUCAGCAUUACUUACUGCCAAGAGCUAAUUGCACUUCCCCAAGAAAUUGGAAACCUGACAAAGUUGAAGGCGUUGAGGCUUUAUUCUUGUACAAAACUGUCUUCGCUGCCCGGUUCAAUUGGUGGCCUGAAGAAAUUGAAGUACCUUGACCUGUCUGAUUGUCUAGAGUUGGCUCAUUUGCCAGACGAAAUUGGUAAGCUGGAGGCUCUGGGAACAAUUCACAUGAAAGGUUGCGGAGAAUUACGGGGGUUGCCACCUUCGGUCAGGGAUCUCGGGCAAUUGGAGAAGGUGAUCUGUGACGAGGAGGUCUCGUAUUUUUGGAGAUCGCAUGCCGAAUGUUUGAAGAAAAUGAACAUUACGGUGAUAAGAAGAGAAGCAAACCUCAAUUGGCUUCAUAGAUUUGAUCCUUGAGAUGCGUUCACUUUCUGGAGAACAGCAUGGCUUUCACUACUCCACACAAUAUUCUGAUACGUGAAAUUAUUUAUUUCUCAAGUUGUUACACAUGAUGCCAUUCAGUCCAUUCCCACUAUAAACUUGUCAAAGGCACUGCUUCGUAUCUGUCGAAAAGUUGCUUCCUUAAAUCGUUACGACUGUAGCUUGAAUAAAUCAUUAGAUCAGCUGCAAAUUAGUCAUUCC